AAAAGAUAAGUUGAAUUUGGACUGAACAAAUCUGUUAAAUUAAUCUGAAGGAAAAGAAAAAUAAUAAUAAUAAUGAGUAAAUAUGUGAUAAGAUAAAUGUCCCAAGAAUAGGAAAAGUUGGAAAAGUAGUCAUGUGUUGAAAGGAAUAGAAUCCACAUGAAUUUCCCUGAAAAAUAGAGGGUAAAAUGAAUAGGAAAAAGUUUUCUUAGUUAAGAGUGAGGAAAGAAGGGGGGAAACCCUAAUUUAAGGAUAAUAUUGUUGAACAGAUCAAAGGAUGAGAAAAAUAGGGAAAAUGCUAAAAAUGGGGUAUUAAAAUGGGUAUAUAAGCACCCAACUGAGGAAUGGGAAAAUCAAGCUCCAGGGAGAAGUUGAGAAUAAAAUCAAGCCUCUUUAUUCUUUUCUGAUAGAAUGACAUAACAAGGGAUUUACAUUUUUAUUUUGUAUUAAUUCUUUCUCUUUUGUCUCAGUGGAUGUAAGGGCCUAUCAGUUUCUUAUAUAUAUAUAUAUGUAUAUAUAUACUAGACUACUUAGUUACUAGUUGUGUAUAUAUAUAUAUAUAUGAACCUCUGUUUCUGAAAGGCCCCCAUAUAAUCCACUGGUGAAAUCUUUUCUAUUCAAUUACCCAUCUCAUAUUUUGAAAGAAUUGAUAUAAAGAAACAUAUUUUAUCACAGAGAUUAUUGUAUCUAUCUGUAAUCCCAAUUAAUCCCUUACAUUUUACAAGGAAAGGAAAAAAAAGAAUAAUAAGAUGGCUGGAGGAGGAAUUGUUGUUCAAGGAGGAAGGAAUUAUGAGGGAGGAAUCACUGGUUUUGUCAUCGUCACCUGUUUGGUGGCUGCCAUGGGAGGCCUUCUCUUUGGUUAUGAUCUUGGAGUUUCAGGUGGGGUUACUUCAAUGCCAAGUUUCUUGAAUGAAUUUUUCCCAUCUGUUGUGAAGAAGAUGAAGGGUGCCCAUGAAAGUGAGUACUGUAAAUUUGACAGUGAACUCCUAACUUUGUUUACCUCUUCUCUAUACCUUGCUGCUCUCGUGGCUUCCUUCGCCGCCUCCGUCGUGACCCGCAAGUUUGGGCGGAAACCGUCCAUGUUUUUUGGGGGUUUUUCCUUCUUAAUUGGCUCCAUUCUUAAUGGUGUUGCUAAUAGCAUUGCUCUGCUCAUCAUUGGUCGAUUGUUGCUUGGUGUUGGCGUUGGAUUUGCCAAUCAGUCUGUGCCAGUUUACCUUUCUGAAAUGGCACCAGCCAAACUCAGAGGUGCUCUGAACAUGGGCUUCCAAAUGGCCAUCACAAUCGGCAUCUUGGUGGCCAGUCUUGUCAAUGUCGGUACAGCCAAAAUCGAAGGCGGAUGGGGAUGGAGAGUCUCACUCGCUCUCGCCGCAGUCCCCGCCGUGAUGAUGACUGUCGGAGCCGUCUUCCUUCCCGAUACUCCUAACUCCAUUCUCGAAAGAGGGUUCACAGAGAAGGCCAAGGCAAUGCUCCAGAAAGUUCGCGGUACCGACAAUGUGGAAGAGGAGUUCCAAGACCUAUUGGAUGCUAGUGAAGCAGCAAAGAAAAUAGAUCAUCCAUGGACAAACAUAAUGAAGCCACAAUACAGACCUCAGCUCGUGAUGUGCACUAUGAUCCCAUUCUUCCAGCAACUCACCGGCAUCAACGUGAUCAUGUUCUACGCUCCUGUUCUUUUCAUGACUCUAGGAUUCGGCGACGAUGCAUCUCUAAUCUCCGCCGUCAUCAGCGGUGGCGUCAACGUCCUGGCAACCUUAGUCUCAAUCUUCACAGUGGACAAAUUCGGGCGAAGAAUCCUGUUCCUGGAAGGGGGAGUACAGAUGUUCAUCUGCCAAAUCCUGGUGGGAACCCUAAUUGGCGUCAAAUUCGGACUCAACGGAGACGGAACCCUAUCGAAAUUCGAUGCAAACCUGAUUCUAUUCCUGGUGUGCACAUACGUAGCGGCAUUCGCCUGGUCAUGGGGACCAUUAGGUUGGUUAGUACCAAGUGAAAUCUGCCCGCUGGAAAUCCGAUCUGCAGGACAAGCAAUUAACGUAUCAGUGAACAUGUUCUUCACCUUCAUCAUCGCUCAGGUGUUCUUGGCGAUGCUCUGCCAUAUGAAAUUCGGACUGUUCUACUUCUUCGGAGGGUUUGUGUUGAUAAUGACGGUGUUCAUCUAUUUCUUCUUGCCGGAGACCAAGAAUGUGCCGAUCGAAGAGAUGAACAGAGUGUGGAAGGCGCAUUGGUUCUGGGGCAAGUACAUUCCCGACGAGGCGGUCAUCGGCGGCCAUGUUGAGAAGCACGGUGGCGAUGUUUGAGGAAACCUUCCCAAAACAAAAAUAAAUUUAAAAAAGAAAAAGAAGAAAAGGAGAAAAACAAGCUAUUUUAUAAAUAUCAAGUAUUUAUUUAAACGUUUAGCCUCGUGUAUUUCUUUAUUCAUGUUUCUGUUUCAUGGGGCGCUUGUUUUUCUCACUGUACAU